CAUCCCUCCAUCCGUCCACCCAUCCAUCCAUCCAGCCGGGCCGGGAGCGGGGGGGGGCCCUGAGCCACUUCUUCCUUUGGACGCCGCCAUCCCCAGACGAUGGUGAAUGAUGAACGUGCCACACCAUGAAGCUCUUGUGGCAGGUAACUGUGCACCAUCACCACCACCACCACCACCACCACCACCGCCACCACCGCUGCCGCGCCUGGAGAGCUGCCCUCGUCUCCUACUUGACGGUGCACGCCUGGAUCCUCUACGUGGCCGUUGCCACCGCCGCCGCCUCCCCCGGAGCCCCCGCUUGCCCUUCGGUUUGCUCCUGCAGUAACCAGUUGAGCAAAGUGGUGUGUACCCGGCGCGGCUUGGCCGAGGUGCCCCCCGGCAUCCCCUCCAACACCCGGUACCUCAACCUGAUGGAGAACAACAUCCAGAUGAUCCAGGCGGACACGUUCCGCCACUUGCAUCACCUGGAGGUCCUGCAGUUGGGCAGGAACGCCAUCCGGCAGAUCGAGGUUGGGGCUUUCAAUGGGUUGGCCAGUCUCAACACCUUGGAGCUCUUUGACAACUGGUUGACCGUCAUCCCCAGCGGGGCCUUCGAGUACCUGUCCAAGCUGAGGGAGCUGUGGUUGAGGAACAACCCCAUCGAGAGCAUCCCCUCGUAUGCCUUCAACCGGGUGCCCUCCCUCAUGCGCCUGGACCUGGGCGAGCUCAAGAAGCUGGAGUACAUCUCCGAGGGGGCUUUCGAGGGCUUGUACAACCUCAAGUACCUCAACCUGGGGAUGUGCAACAUCAAGGACAUGCCCAACCUGACGCCCCUGGUGGGGCUGGAGGAGCUGGAGAUGUCGGGCAAUAACUUCCCCGAGAUCAAACCGGGCUCCUUCCACGGGCUCAAGUCCCUCAAAAAGCUCUGGAUUAUGAACUCGCAGAUCAACCUGAUUGAGCGCAACGCCUUCGACGACCUGACGGCACUGGUGGAGCUCAACCUGGCCCACAACAACCUCUCCUCCCUGCCCCAUGACCUCUUCGCCCCUCUGCGGUACCUGGUGGAGCUUCACCUUCACCACAACCCUUGGGACUGCGACUGCGACAUCCUUUGGCUGUCGUGGUGGUUGAGGGAGUACAUCCCCACCAACUCGACCUGCUGCGGGCGCUGCCAUGCCCCGCUCCACAUGCGGGGCAGGUUCCUGGUGGAGGUGGACCAAACCUCCUUCCAGUGCUCGGCGCCCUUCAUCAUGGACGCCCCCAUGGACCUCAACAUCUCCGAGGGGCGGGUGGCCGAGCUCAAGUGUCGAACUCCUUCCAUGUCCUCCGUUAGGUGGUUGCUGCCUAACGGGACGGUGCUGAGCCACGCAUCCAACCACCCGCGGAUCUCCGUCCUCAACGACGGCACCUUGAACUUCUCCCACGUCCUGUUGACGGACACCGGGGUUUACACCUGCAUGGUGACCAACGUGGCGGGGAACUCCAACGCCUCGGCCUACCUCAACGUGAGCACGGCCGAGCUCAACACCUCCAACUACAGCUUCUUCACCACCGUCACGGUGGAGACCACCGAGAUCUCCCUGGAGGACAUCUCCCCUAAGUUCACCAAGCCCGUCCCCACCACGUCGACGGGUUACCAACCGGCGUACACCACCACCACCACCGUCCUGGUGCAAACCACGCGGCCGCCCAAGCAGGUAGCCAUCCCCACUGCCGACGCGGGCGAUAAGACGCAGACCAGCUUGGACGAGGUGAUGAAGACCACCAAGAUCAUCAUCGGCUGCUUCGUGGCGGUGACGCUCCUGGCCGCGGCCAUGCUCAUCGUCUUCUACAAGCUCCGCAAGCGGCACCAGCAGCGCAGCACCGUGUCGGCCGCGCGCACCGUGGAGAUCAUCCAGGUAGACGAGGACAUCCCGGCCACCACCGCCGCCACCACCGCCACCAUGGUGAGCACCACCACCGCCGGCGUUGCAGGUGAGGGGGCCGUGGUGCUACCCGCUGUUCAUGACCACAUGAACUACAACACCUACAAAGCACCGCACGGCGCCCAUUGGACCGAGAACAACCUGGGCAACUCCUUGCACCCCCCCGGGAGCACCCUUAUGGAACCCUACAUCAUCCAAACCCACCCCAAGGAGAAAGUCCAGGAGACCCAGAUAUGACUUUUUAGUUCUUUGGGGCUUUUUUGGGUUGAGCUUCCUCCCAUCCCUCCCCUUUUUCCUCCUCCUCCCCCAUCACAAACGCAAUAGGAUGCACAAAACCCCCCCUUAAAGACCCCCCCAAAACGACCCCCCCAAUGAAGAUCCCCCCCAAAUCUAGAAGGUGACUCUUGUACAGAGCUGGGGGAGAGACUUUUCUUUUCUUGUACAUGCUUCUAUCCGAAAUCGAUGGGCUGAGAAGAGCAGCAGAUAUUAAAAUUACCCCCCCCACCCCCCCCAAAUCACAGUUUCUAACUCCAAGAGAAAAGGGAGAGGAAAGAAUUCCCGUUAUCCAGCAAGAAGCGGGGGACAGGAGCCUGCUGGGGUGGGAUCUGGGCUUGGAAUGCGGGUGUUGGGGACGUAAAGGGGGGUUGGAUGCAGCAGGCCCCCCCCCCAUGUGCCGGGAUGGUGGUUGGAGGUGGUGCCAAAAUCUUCCACAUGCAAUAAAGGAAUUCUAUGGGGGGGGGGGUGGGUAUUGGGGAGUUUUGGGGGUAUUUUGGGGGUGGGGAGGUAUUUGGGGGGGGGUUUGGCAGCCUGCAAUGUAUUAAAGCAAAAAAUGACCCCAAAAAGGGGUUCCCCCCCCCCCCCAAUUCAAGUGUGUGGGUGCAUGGGGGGGGGUGACUGAUGGGUGCCCUCCCCCAGUUCACCCCAUUGCACCAGUAUAAGGCCACCGGCACCGGCAUCGGCACAGGGCUAAAGCUCCUGGGGGGGCCGGGGGGGCCCCCCAUUGGGAGACCUGACGUAUGAUUGUAGACACCUCCCACAACAUGAUUUUAGGCCCCGUUUUAGGUACACCCCCCCCCAAAACCCCUUCCUUGGGUGGGGGGGUGAGGAUCGGGACCCCCCCCAUGGGCUGCUCAUGGAAUGAAGGGGGGGGAUCCAGGAGGAAUUAAGGGCUUGGGGGGGUCAGGGGGGGGACUCAAUGUGGCUAAUGGGGGGGAGGCCACCAGCAUCUGAGGUGGCUACUGGGGGGGGGGUCCCAGCGGGGACGGCAAGUGCCUCGUGGGGGUCCUGAAGGGCUGGGGGGGUGUUUUGGGGGGGUCACGGCAAUGGGGGGCCCCCCCCGGCCGCUCGACUAUUGGAAUUAACUUUAAUUUCUUAUUUUAGCUUUAAAAUGAAUUAUCAGACGGGAAUUACGUGGGGGGAGGGUUGGGGGGGGCUGCGUGGGGAGGGGGGGGUUAAACAGAGGUUAUAUCUAUAUCUAUAUCUAUAUAAAGGCCGGAAUGAUGGGAUUGUAUCCUGAACUGAGGAAAAACCACGACAAAUCCGUCCAAAAACCAAGUGUAUUUUUGUAUUUUAAUAAAUAUUGUUCACUCU